AUGCUCAAAACUCGUUUACGUCUGAGAAACAUCCUGCGUCGCUCCCCAUCGCCGCAGAAGAAGGGCGAAUCCACACCUGGACCUCUGGAUCCGCCCAAGAGUAGCAGGCCAUCAUCUUUGAAGCUCGAGUCGAAGAUAGAUAAUCUCGGGGUUCUGGAAAUUGCUUCUGGGACUAACCCUACCGUCGAUAUUAUCGCUAUCCAUGGUUUGCAAGGACAUAGAGAGAAGACGUGGACGACAGAUGGAGGGGUCUUGUGGCUACGUGACCUCUUGCCUACCGACAUAUCCAACGCUCGAAUUCUUCUAUAUGGUUACGACGCCGACACUCGCAGUACAGAAUGCGUAUCAACUCUGACUAUGCGUCGACAUGCCGAGACACUGGCUCAGGCACUCUCACGGAUGCGGAAAGACAAUCCUCGACGUCCGAUCAUUUUCGUAGCACACGACCUAGGGGGUAUCAUUCUCAAAUGGGCUCUCGUCAUUUGUCAUAAUCAGAGUUUGGCAUCCAAGGGCGAGCUCCGGGACAUUCUUGUAUCCACGCAUGCCAUCUUAUUCUUCGGGACCCCUCACUCUGGCCUCGACAGUACUAGCGUCCUCGAGGCAAUCAACCGCUUGGCAUCGGCCUAUAUGGAAACAACAGACAUUCUCCUCAAGGACCUUCGACCCCAUUCAUCUGAACUAGAGAAUAUCCAGAGUCUGUACCUCGCGGCGAGCGAGAAUAUCAACAGCAUCUUCUUCUGCGCGGAAUAUGCGACAUCCGGUAUUGGGAAUCGAGAAGACUUGGUGAAUGUUUCAUAUCACUCGGCCACUAUAUCUGGCGACCGCAAGGCGACGACAACGAUCCUUCAUGCGAAUCACCGCGAUUUAGUUCGAUUCUCAUCCAAGGAGGACGACAACUAUAAGACGAUUCACCACCAUCUCAAAGACUAUGUCGACAGCGCGUCUGCUGCGGUACAGGAGAAGUGGAUUACAGAGGACAGCUGUCGCAGUGCGGCAAAGGGAGAGGUCAUCUCUCAGGAAAUGAUAGUGGCGAAGCCCUGUCCACCGGUGUCAAGGAGCUAUGUCGAGAGAAAGGAGAUUCAGUCCCUGAUCACACAGAAGCUGCUUCCGGGGAGCGUACAAGAUCAACUGCGGUGUAUACUACAUGGAAUCGGGGGUUCAGGCAAAACUCAACUCGCAACCAGCUGGGUUCGGAAGCAUGGUUCCAGCUUCAGUCGGGUGAUUUUCGUUGACGCUUCCAGUCAAACGCAGAUAGAAGCAGACUUGGAACGGUCGAUUCGCUCAUUGGGGGCAGAGUACAACAAGAUGACCUGGAAGGAUGCAGUCGCCUACCUCGGCGGCAAGGAAAGGGGCUGGCUGCUGUUUAUCGACAAUGCCGACUCGCCAGAUCUCAACCUCCGCCCAUAUCUCCCUGUUUGCGUCCAUGGAGCAAUUCUAAUCACCACAAGGAACAGCGAGUGCAUAAGCUACGCUCCGGAUGGUGCUGUUCCUGUUGGUGGACUGGAGGAGAAUGAGGCAAUCAAUCUCCUUCAUAAGCUCGCUAAUGUCACACCCACGUCCGAUACCAAGUCUGUGGAGAUUGUUCAGGAGCUAGGGAUGCUGGCGCUGGCGAUUACUCAAGCGGGGUCAUAUAUUCGCAAGACACGCCGGCUCGACACGUACCUUGAUACGUUGCGAAGUCAUCGAAAGCGACUUCUACGGAAGCAGCCAGAUAUCGGGAAUGAAUAUACAUCCUCGACGUACGCUGCAUUCGACCUGUCUUUCCAAACCCUACCGACAAAGACACAAGAGCUCCUAAAGCUGUGUGCAUUUCUUCACCAUUCGGAUAUUCCGAUCUCUUUGUUCCAGCACUCGACAGAGGCCGGUUUCGCAAUAUACACGGUCCUGGACGAUUAUCCUCCCCCUGAGGGUGACAAAUCAGUCAUCCAGAAGCUCAAGGAGAUUCUGGGCUCAACGUGGGACGAGGUCGAAUUCCAAGAGAUCGUGGAAUCGGCUACACGCGCAUCAUUUAUCCAUGUUUCGACUGAUGGACUAUUCUACGCCGUCCACCCACUACUUCAGAUGUACAUCAAGGAUUGUUCUAGUCAGGAGGAUAAUCGAGAGUACGCGCGUGCGACUACUCAACUGAUACUUGGUGCGAUCCGGCCAGUUGAGGGUAGCAAUGCGCGGUUUUGGCAACUACUUCCACACGCCACCAAGAUCCCACAAUCGGUGCAAUCAGAGAAUAUGGCACACGCAUUGGCGUUCUAUAAGCUUUAUCAUCCAUUGGGUGACUGGAAGACUUGUCGAGAACUGUUAGAGACUGCGUUUUACCAAGUUCAGCAGGAUCAUGGUCUAAAGCAUAAAAGUUCGAUGUGGGUGAUGGGUAAACUUGGUAGUGCGUUGUAUAGUUGCGGUCAAUUGGAUGAGGCAGAAAAGAUGGAGCGAGAGGUACUCGCUCUGCGGCUGGAGAUUCUUGGACCACGUCAUCCAGACACCAUUUCAGCAAUGGGAAACCUUGCAACCACCUUGCACUCCCGUGGUCAGCUGGACGAGGCAGAAAAGAUGAAGCGAGAUGUACUCGCUCUGCAGCUGGAGAUUCUUGGACCACGUCAUUCAGACACCAUUUUGUCAAUGAACAACCUUGCAGCCACCUUGCACUCCCGUGGUCAGCUGGACGAGGCAGAAAAGAUGAAGCGAGAUGUACUCGCUCUGCGGCUGGAGAUUCUUGGACCACGGCAUCCAGACACCAUUUCUGCAAUGGGAAACCUUGCAACCACCUUGCACUCCCGUGGUCAGCUGGACGAGGCAGAAAAGAUGAAGCGAGAUGUACUCGCUCUGCGGCUGGAGAUUCUUGGACCACGUCAUCCAGACACCAUUUCUGCAAUGGGAAACCUUGCAGCCACCUUGCACUCCCGUGGUCAGCUGGACGAGGCAGAAAAGAUGAAGCGAGAUGUACUCGCUCUGCAGCUGGAGAUUCUUGGACCACGGCAUCCAGACACCAUUUCUGCAAUGGGAAACCUUGCAACCACCUUGCACUCCCGUGGUCAGCUGGACGAGGCAGAAAAGAUUCUGCGAGAUGUACUCGCUCUGCGGCUGGAGAUUCUUGGACCACGGCAUCCAGACACCAUUUCUGCAAUGGGAAACCUUGCAACCACCUUGCACUCCCGUGGUCAGCUGGACGAGGCAGAAAAGAUGAAGCGAGAUGUACUCGCUCUGCAGCUGGAGAUUCUUGGACCACGGCAUCCAGACACCAUUUCUGCAAUGGGAAACCUUGCAACCACCUUGCACUCCCGUGGUCAGCUGGACGAGGCAGAAAAGAUGAAGCGAGAUGUACUCGCUCUGCAGCUGGAGAUUCUUGGACCACGUCAUCCAGACACCAUUUCUGCAAUGGGAAACCUUGCAACCACCUUGCACUCCCGUGGUCAGCUGGACGAGGCAGAAAAGAUGAAGCGAGAUGUACUCGCUCUGCGGCUGGAGAUUCUUGGACCACGGCAUCCAGACACCAUUUCUGCAAUGGGAAACCUUGCAGCCACCUUGCACUCCCGUGGUCAGCUGGACGAGGCAGAAAAGAUUCUGCGAGAUGUACUCGCUCUGCGGCUGGAGAUUCUUGGACCACGCCAUUCAGGCACCAUUUCUGCAAUGGGAAACCUUGCAACCACCUUGCACUCCCGUGGUCAGCUGGACGAGGCAGAAAAGAUGAAGCGAGAUGUACUCGCUCUGCAGCUGGAUAUUCUUGGACCACGGCAUCCAGACACCAUUUCUGCAAUGGGAAACCUUGCAACCACCUUGCACUCCCGUGGUCAGCUGGACGAGGCAGAAAAGAUGAAGCGAGAUGUACUCGCUCUGCGGCUGGAGAUUCUUGGACCACGUCAUCCAGACACCAUUUUGUCAAUGAACAACCUUGCAACCACCUUGCACUCCCGUGGUCAGCUGGACGAGGCAGAAAAGAUGAAGCGAGAUGUACUCGCUCUGCGGCUGGAGAUUCUUGGACCACGGCAUCCAGACACCAUUUCUGCAAUGGGAAACCUUGCAACCACCUUGCACUCCCGUGGUCAGCUGGACGAGGCAGAAAAGAUGAAGCGAGAUGUACUCGCUCUGCGGCUGGAGAUUCUUGGACCACGGCAUCCAGACACCAUUUCUGCAAUGGGAAACCUUGCAGCCACCUUGCACUCCCGUGGUCAGCUGGACGAGGCAGAAAAGAUGAAGCGAGAUGUACUCGCUCUGCAGCUGGAGAUUCUUGGACCACGGCAUCCAGACACCAUUUCUGCAAUGGGAAACCUUGCAACCACCUUGCACUCCCGUGGUCAGCUGGACGAGGCAGAAAAGAUGAAGCGAGAUGUACUCGCUCUGCAGCUGGAUAUUCUUGGACCACGGCAUCCAGACACCAUUUCUGCAAUGGGAAACCUUGCAACCACCUUGCACUCCCGUGGUCAGCUGGACGAGGCAGAAAAGAUGAAGCGAGAUGUACUCGCUCUGCGGCUGGAGAUCCUUGGACCACGUCAUCCAGACACCAUUUUGUCAAUGAACAACCUUGCAGCCACCUUGCACUCCCGUGGUCAGCUGGACGAGGCAGAAAAGAUGAAGCGAGAUGUACUCGCUCUGCAGCUGGAGAUUCUUGGACCACGGCAUUCAGGCACCAUUCGAGCAAUGAACAACCUUGCAACGACCUUGCACUCCCGUGGUCAGCUGGACGAGGCAGAAAAGAUGAAGCGAGAUGUACUCGCUCUGCAGCUGGAGAUUCUUGGACCACGGCAUCCAGACACCAUUUCUGCGAUGACCAAUCUUGCCAACGUUCUAUAUCAACGUGAUCGACUGGAAGAAGCAGAGAAAAUAGAGCGAGAGAUCCUUUCUCUGCGCCAUGAGAUUCUUGGACAACGUCAUCCAGAAUCGCUCAACGCCUCUUAUAGCCUCUGUAUGACAUUAUGCAAGGGCGGCCAACUUGAAGAGGCUGCCACGCUCUUACAAGAGACCAUAGGAAUAUGUAUUGAAGAAUUUGGGAAAGAUGACCGUUACAAGGAGUUUCUCAAGCUUAUUGUGCCCAACCAACCUGAACGUCGACGCUCAAAGAGCUGCCAGCGCAGGUUGAACCCUGCCGCCAUCUCCGGAACAGCCAUGGGGCUCCUCGACAUUCUCCUUCAAGUCUUCCAGCUUCUUUGUGGCUCUCAAAAGCCCACAAAACAGGAAUCCCAGGCUCCAAACGCUGGAUAUCCAGGAGCUCAGCAACCCUCGGCCCCACAACACGCCCAACAGCCCACAUACCAACCACCAGCGCACCCAAAACCACCUCAGCAAUACCAACAGAAGCCUACAAAGUCACAUAAACCUCCCUCUCCACCGUCUGGUCAACAUGCUCCGAGCGGCCGUCCACCCAGACCCCUCCACCAGCGCGUCGUGCGUGUGGACGAGAAUCAAGUCAACCAACAUAACCCACAUUAUCUCGACUUGCGGAAACGUGCGAACCAGGCGGGGGAUGCGAUGGGACGUGCAUUUGAGGAUAGCAAGCGGGCGUACGAGUCUGGUGAUGGGGCACGCGCAAAGCAACUGUCCGAGGAGGGCAAGCGGCACAAGGCAGAGAUGGAGGAACUGAAUCGACAAGCUUGCGAUUGGAUAUUCCAUGCAAACAAUACCGACUCUGCACUCAACGAGGUCGAUCUGCACGGGCUCUAUGUGAAAGAGGCGAUAGCUCGAUCUGAGCAGGCCAUUCAGGCAGCUCAGCAACGUGGCGACUCGGACAUUCAUUUCAUCGUUGGCAAAGGAUUGCAUUCUCAGGGCCAUGUCGCCAAACUGAAACCAGCGAUCGAGGAGCUCAUGGUCAAAUACCAGUUGGCUGCACAAAUCGACCCAAACAAUGCUGGUGUCCUUAUUGUCCAGCUCAACGGUCCUCAACGUGGCGAGCGAGGCAUGGGGGUUGACGAGAUCCAGCGCCGCUUGGAGAGGGACGACGAGCAAUGCGUGGCCAUGUAG